AUGUCUUGGAGCAGUAUGGUUUGGUGGAUAGUGUUGCUGUGUGUCCUCGUAAUAGCAGAUCCUACCUGGCCGUCCCCUAACGACGAACUUGAAGAGAUUAUGUAUCAAGUCAAAGGAUAUAAAGCCACGAAUUUUGGUGGGACCGUUAUCCCGUGCUCUAAUGAAGCUUCUGGACCCGGUCGACAGAAUGCUGCAGAAUGGCUGAGGGCGGCGUUUCAUGAUAUGGCUACGACUACACAUCUGAAUGGCAUACGAGCUGGCGGCUUAGAUGGCUCCUUGCAGUACGAGUUAACCAGCUCAGAUAAUAUCGGCCCAGGUUUCAACUCGACUCUCAAGUUCAUGGCCGACUACUACACGAGUCGGUCGAGUGUGGCAGAUCUCAUUGCGCUAGGCGUAUACUACGCCGUCAGGUCUUGCGGUGGCCCGGUGGUGCCUGUUGCAGGUGGAAGAGUCGAUGCCCUUGCUGCUGGUCCCAUAGGCGUUCCGCUACCACAGAAUACUGCUUUCACAUUUGAGCAGCAAUUUUCACGAAUGGGAUUUAGCAAGACUGAGAUGAUCCAAGUCACCGCCUGUGGCCAUUCUAUCGGUGGUGUUCACGAGAACGAGUUUCCUGCAAUUGUCCCCGCCGGAUCUACCCCAAAUGGCGAGGCCCCUUUGGACUCGACUGUUGCACAAUUCGAUAACAAGAUUGCCACGGAGUACAUUGCUGGUAACACUACCAAUCCCCUAGUGGUUGGUCCAUCGGUCAAGGCUACUAGAAACUCGGAUUACAAGGUGUUCAACUACGAUGGUAACGUGACAAUUAAAGCACUGGCUGAUGCCGCUGAGUUCAGUAACAUAUGUGCAACUGUUCUUCAAAAGCUGAUUGACACUGUGCCUGACGGGGUGAUUUUGUCUGAUCCUAUCAAACCAUAUUCUGUAAAGCCAGUUGAUAUGCAGUUGAAGCUCAACUCCGACUCCUCAACAAUGCAAUUGACUGGAUAUAUACGGGUUCGAACCACUGAAAUAGGGGGCGAUUCUGUUUCCAGCUUAACACUGAACUAUAAAGAUCGAAGCGGCGGCAACAACUGUGGCAACACGACUUGUACAUACACGACGACUCUCCUGGGUUCCACCCAGGGUUUCGAUGAUCAGUUUAUUUGGUUCCCUAUAAAUACCGCCAUUCCAACUUCCACGGGAAUCUCAUCUUUCACCAUUACCCUUAAUAUGGUUGACGGCACCACUAAAUUGUACGAUAACAAUGGAAACGCAUAUACGAUGCAAGAUGCCAUCUUCAUUCAAAAACCUCAAAGUUGCCUCCUUUCGGGCACACUCACCGUUACCGCAGCUGUUCGCAAUGACCGGACAUUGCUUCCUGUUAAUAUGUUGAUCUCAUACAAGACCCCAACGGGGGAUCCUAAUCGCCCGGUUCCCACCCUGAAAAGCGCCGCGACUAUCAUGACAAACAGCACUUGCAUAGGCUCAUAUACCUUGUAUACAGCAACUUAUACUGGCCUUGGCGAUCUUGCUUACGCAUCAAAGAUCGAUGUCAUUAGCGGGAGCGAUUCAUCUGCUCUUGUAGACGGAUUCAACGCGGCAAGCGAAUUAGAAGCAACAUGCCGAUCCUUCCAGAACCCGCCAACUUCUACAUGUAAUAUCGUAUAGGUUUUAACCUCUUCUGGACCGUCAACUGCCUCGUUUAUUUCUGAUUUAUUGUCGACCAAGUUACAAAGACGUCGGAAAGCUGUACCUAAAGUUUUAUGUUUAGAAUGUGUAUAUGAAGUUUAGCUGCGGGAGUAUCGGGCGGUCGCAUAGAUACCUGUUAUUUAGCAUACAAACGGCAUCGUGAGCGGACAGUUUUUGAUCACACACUCAAGUACCUACCUGGUACGUACAUUGAGGCGAUACAGGUAUAAGAGAAUCAAAGUCAAGGAAUCUUUAUUUAUUACCUGGUAACACCUAGGUAUUAUUAUAAGAGUCUAGCUUUCAGAAGCGAGCAUUACAAUGAUUUAGAUAGACUUAAUAGGUAUACUAGAAAUACUAGUAACCUAAAAUGAUAUGAAACAUGCUACGGUUGAAGAGACGAUGUUUUAUUCUUACAGGGAGAUUUAGUUCAGGUACAAUACUUGUGCAGCCCAGUAC